CGACAGACUCGGCUCGUGGACCUUUGACCGGCGAUGUUAAUUUUGACCCACGGGUCCGUAUCUGUCACGUGAUCUUUUAAUUCGGCCUUAAAAUGCCGCUUUUCCCUCGGUGUGAGGACACUAACCCUAACCUAAAGGAAAGAAAAGAAAUGUUCUCCCAAGUUUUGCAUCAGGGGACAGGAAAGGAGGGGCAUCACCUUACACAUAAGCCAUGAGCGACAGCGACGACGAUGUUCCCACUCUGUCAGCUCACACUCUGGCUGCCCUGCAGGAGUUUUACAAUGAAACGAAGGUUGUUACGGAUCACAGCACAGCACCCACAGACCAGUUUGCUGUGGGAGCGGUGGAGGAGGACUGGCGGAUGAGCCAGUUCUGGUACAGCGAUGAGACGGCAACACAGUUAGCUGAAGAAGCGGUACGAGCAGCUGGAGAGGGAGGAAGGAUAGCAUGCCUGAGCGCGCCCAGCGUGUACCAGAAGCUGAAGCAGGGCGUGGUGGACGGUUCAGAUCGGGUGUCUGCCGUGGUGUUGGAGUACGACCGCCGCUUCGCCUCCUACGGAGAGGACUUCGUGUUCUACGACUACAACGAGCCGCUGUCUCUUCCGGACAGCGUGUCUCCUCACAGCUUCGACAUCGUCCUCGCUGACCCGCCUUACCUGUCCGAGGAGUGUCUGAGCAAAGUGACCCAAACCAUCAAGUACCUGAGCAAAGGCAAAGUGCUGCUGUGCACAGGAGCCAUCAUGGAGAAUGUGGCCAAAGAUCUUCUGGAUGUAAAAAUGUGCAGCUUUUUGCCCAAACACAACAGGAACCUGUCCAAUGAGUUCCGCUGUUUUGUCAACUACCCGUCCCGCCUGCUGUCCUGCUGAGGAGCCGGGCGUCCAUCAGAUCGACGCUUCGUUCCGAGCUCAUGGAGGAGGGACGACACGUGAACGUUUUUCAGCGAAAGCCAGCCGCAAGACACGUAAUUUUAAAGGGAGAACUCCAACCAUCUCACACAUGAAGAUCAGUGUUCUCUUCACGAAUACACCGAGAAUGUAAAAAAUAAUCCCAGUGUCUCGCCGUCAUCCUGAUGUCUGGGCUUUGGUUUGAUGACUGUAAGUUUGUGAUACAGACUCGUUGCGUGCACUUUAGAAGAUAUGGACUUUAUUCCAGACCAAAGGUUGAACAAAAAGAUGAUAAGAGGCAUUAUGGUUCAUGUACGCUUCAGUGUUUUUCAUGGUUUAUUCAUACAAGAGACUAAAAGUUGGGUUAAUCACUGUUUUCAAAUGCUGCACUGCUCGGGUAGCUUUUAAGUAAUAAAUCUGAAAGUCUAGUCCAUCUCAGGUUUUGAUACCAAUUCAGAGCAGAAUACUGUUAGUUAUUUAAUCUGACUAAAUCAUGAAAGACUUUUGGUCAGGUCAGCUCUGUCAGGUGGCAAUAUUAUCGAGUAAAAGAAAGAGUUCACGGGAAUAGAUCACCCCGUUCACCAAACGCCCAAAAGGGUGAUGAGUACAUCAGCUGUUUAGUUUUAAACAGGCAAAAAAAGAGGCAGCGGGAACAA